GGGCUGGCCGCGGGCCGUGGCGCGGCGGGCGCAGAGCGCGGCGGACACCGCUCCGCUCCGUGAGCCGCCGCGGGGGCGGUCGGCGCUGCCUUCGCUCCCCGCCGCGGAGCCGCCGCGCCGCCGGAGCCGGGAUGUGACUUGCGGAGGGCUGGCGGACAGAGCUGCCCCGCCGCCCUCGGCCGCAGCAGACAGCGGACAGAAAAAUGAAAACCUACCCAGCCAUUGGUUUCUUCCUCCUGCUGGUGAUCAGCUAUGGCUCUUCAGAGAACUCCAGCACUCCCCGGGGCUGCGGGCUGGAUCUCCUGCCCCAGUACGUGUACCUGUGUGACCUGGAUGCCAUCUGGGGCAUCGUUCUGGAGGCGGUGGCGGGGGCAGGCGUGCUGACCACGCUGCUGCUGAUGCUGAUUUUGCUGGUGAGGCUGCCCUUCAUCAAGGACAAAGAGAAGAAGAGCCCCCUGGGAAUGCACUUCCUCUUUCUCUUCGGGACUCUGGGACUGUUUGGGCUGACGUUUGCUUUCAUCAUCCAGGAAGAUGAAAUGGUGUGCUCUACCCGAAGGUUUCUCUGGGGAGUUAUCUUUGCUUUGUGCUUCUCCUGCUUGCUAGCCCAAGCCUGGAGACUUGGCAGGCUCGUUCGCCACGGGAAGAGCCCGUCUGGCUGGCACCUGGCCGGGGUGGCCACGUGCCUGAUGCUGGUGCAGGUCAUCAUCGCGACCGAGUGGCUGAUCCUGACGGUUGUCAGAGACAACAAGCUGGCCUGCAGCUACGAACCCAUGGAUUUUGUGAUGGCUUCCAUUUACGUUAUGUUCCUGAUGGUCUUUACCAUGGGAUUUUCGUUUUUCACUCUCUGUGGGAAGUUCAAGAAAUGGAAGAAAAACGGAGUAUGCCUCAUUAUAACCCUUUUCUUUUCCAUCCUGAUUUGGGUAGCCUGGAUGACUAUGUACCUCUUCGGUAACGCUGAGCUCCAGAGAAGAGACAAAUGGAGUGAUCCCACUCUGGCCAUUGCACUGGUGUCCAGUGGCUGGGUGUUUGUUAUUUUUCAUGCCAUCCCAGAGGUCCACUGUACCAUCCUUCCAUCACAGCAGGAAAACACACCCAAUUAUUUUGAUACUUCUCAGCCGAGGAUGCGUGAAACCGCUUUUGAGGAAGAUAUACAGCUUCCUCGGAGCUACAUGGAAAAUAAAGCCUUUUCAAUGGAUGAACAUAAUGCAGCGCUCAGGACGGCAGGAUUUCGGAACGGCAGCUUGGGAAGCCGGCCCAGUGCUCCUUUUAGAAGCAAUGUUUAUCAGCCAACUGAGAUGGCAGUUGUGCUAAAUGGUGGGACUAUACCAACUGCUCCGCCAAGUUACACUGGACGACACCUCUGGUGAAAGGCUGUAGGCUGUAGAGAAUAAGAAUCCUUGUUGCAGAUGUUGUUCCCUGGCAGUGUGUCUUUGAGGGAAGGAAUCCAUAACAGUACCAGAACAAAGCAACAAAACAUCCAGGAUCUUUCUAAAUCCUGCAGAGGAUUUUGCUAAAUGUGAACACCAUUGAAUGGAGAAUUGCAAAAACAAAAUUGUAAAACUGAAGCUGAAUCUAAUUUAAAACAGAAGUAGGCACACCAUAAAUUGGCAGAGGAGAUGUUGUAUUCUGAAGUGUAAGAUACUCUCUUGUCUGUAACUUGUGUGCUAGACAAGCCUGGUUUUGGUGGUUGCCAGUUGCUUGCAAAAUACCUUCCUCUCACCUAAACUUAACUCAUGUUGCCACAAGAGAUUGCCACUACAGCGCGAAAACACGCGGGAUUUCUUUCCAUUUUUCUCCUUUUCCUGUCAUUUCCAACGUCAUGAGAAGUCCCCAGUUUGCUCCCUCCCUAGCUGUGCUGUGCAGUCACGCAGCAUCGUGUGUAGGCAGACACGCUCCCUCUGGGGCAGCUCGGUCCCCGUGGCUCUGCGGGCUGAUGCUCUGCGGGCUGAUGCUCUGCUCUUUGAGAAGCUCUGCAGGCCGAUGCUCUGCUCUUUGAGAAGCUCUGCUCUCUCAGAAGCUCUGCGGGCUGAUGCUCUGCUCUUUCAGGAGCUCUGUGCGUUUCAUGCGCCUUGCGGAGCCUCUCGGGCGGAGCGGAGGAGCGCGGUCGGGCACGGGCGGCUCUCCCCGGCCCGAGGGGUGGGUUCCGAGCCACGCAGCCCCAGGCGGGUGUGAGCAGAGCCCACAGCUCCCGAAGCCAUUCCUGGGAGGGCUGUUCUGGCCGGGCCGGGCCGGGCUGAGGCAGGAGCCGGGGCGGUGGGAGCCCCGAGCCCCGAGCCCGCUUCAUGCGGGCGCUCCGCUGCCCUCGACUGCAGGUGUUCGUGCGUUUAAAUGUGGUUGUGCAUUUUAGUGCCUAGAGAGUAGAAUCUCUGUGCUGGAGGUGGUUUGUUGUUGUUUUUGUUUAUUUAAGGUGGUUUCUUCCCUAGUCCUCCCCAUCCAUUUUCUUGAGUUGAUAUAAGGCAGAGUUUUCAAAGCUUUUCAUCUUUGUUUUCUCCAGGUUAUUUAAACGGUUCCCAUUGCCCAUUUGUUGUGCCAUGGUUUUUCAUUAUGUUCAAGCAAUCAUUCCUUUCUUUAACAUUUAAUACAUAUCGGACAUUGAAAACAUCACUGUAUCCUCACUGUUUGGCCAAUGUUAAUCUUAGCUUUCCUCAAUACUAAAAGCUAAUUGUUUUUACUUGAAGGCAUAGGAAACAUAUAACAAUUAAACUUUGCAUAUGCUGUAAUAAGAGUAUAUAUUUUCAAACUAAAAAAAAAUAAAACUACAAAUAACUGAAUAGCUUAGUAGCUUCACAGAGAGAAGUUACUUGCUGUAUACUGCAGAAGAAAGACAAGCUUUUUAUUUUUCAAGAGUCUUCCUGAUUCCUCAUGUACCUCCAUUUCUACUGAAUUAGGAGCCUAGUCCUGCAGACUUGUACUCCCACGAGUAGUCCCAUCGACACCAGUAGGUCUACGUAAGGUACAGAGGCUGCAAGACCAGUCCCUGAGUGUUGCACACAGAUAUAUGUAUAUAUAUAUAUGGGAAAAUAUCUAUUGCCAUUCUUGCCAUGAUCAUCUUAUGGGGUUUUAUUUCAAAGCCCUUCUCCUCCAGAAGCAAUGUUUUUCUGUCAUGCAUGAGUGAAGGAGUAUGUCAGCUCCCCCCUGCCCUCCCCUCCUCGAGGCAAAGGAAGCAUGUGCUUGUUUUAGGGAUCCUUUAUUUCAUUUUGUAUGUAACUAGAUGGCCUUAGUAACCAAGUAGGGUAGGGGUGGAUAUUGCAUGCUAUCCAGUGACUUAGAAAUACAUUUUGCUUGUUAUGAGCAGAGCUUUGAUCAAGUAAGAUAAUAUUUAAGAUAAUGAUAGCCACCCAGAAGACAUGUAAUUUGGAACAAUAAAAAAACAAUUACCAUCACUUGCCUGCAGAACUUUGCUUUUAAAAAUCAGUUAGAAAAAAAAUCCCUCAUAAAACUGUUAUCAUAAAAACAUAUAAGAUGACCAUGGCAUAAAUGGUAGAACAGGUUUCUUUUAAAAAGUUUAUCAUGCUACAACCAAGACUUAUGAAUUAUAAUACAUAUUUUACAGACCUUUGACAAAAACUAUACAAGACAUAGUUAUCUUAAGAAAUUUUCUUUCUCUUUUUCUAGAUGUGACUGAAUUGAUAAAUAGAGUUCCCAAUCCUGCUUCUGAUGAAGUUGUUUGGGAUUUCAGGGCUUAUGCAAAGAUCUGGCCAGAUCUUACAAACUGCAGUUCACAUGACUAGUCUCACUGGGUUAGUCAUGUGGACUACUCACUGAAUUAAAAAUUAGCAGGAUUGGGUUUAAUGUGUGGUGGUGAAAGUGUGGCAAUAGAUUUAGGAGGGUCUUUAUUUUCCAACUUUUUACAAUUAGUAAUGAGCAACUUUUUUUUUGUAAGUCACUAGUCUGUGAUGUAAAAUGCCCCAAAAUAAAACUGUAAUUGAAGAAAGGCACCUUUAUGUUAACUUAUAUUUUUGUUACAGUAUUUACUUUUGCCUUUUUUGAAAGUUUUCUAGAAUGUAGAGCAUCUGUGAACAACAUGAAUAAGUAACUAAGCACAAGCCUUUCACAGUUCUCCUGAUUAUAAUUAGCUUUUAUACUAUAAAAGCUACUAUGUUGUCCCUUGAUGGUAAUGUGCUCAUGGUGUUUCCAUGCGGAAAAAUGAAAUCAAAAAGCAUCUGACAAAAGCAUCUAUUAGCAAAACCAGAUUUUAAUUGACCAGCUUUUGAUCAAUGGCAGGAAAAGAGUUCAAAGUCCUACAAAUCCUGUUCAGCUUUCAGAUGGGUUGAGGGUGUUUGACACUUGCCAGAAAAUAUGUAGCAUUUUCAGAAGAACACUCUCAAUACAUCCAGCUGCUUCUAUAAACAAGGUACAUGAAAUACUAUGGAAUUAGCUGUUUCUGCUUUUAGUGUAAACACAGGCAUCUUGGUUGGCUUCGUUUGAGCUCGAUGCCUUGGGUCUAACCAAAGGCCAUACAAAAGGGAGCAUUGUAGCUUUUAUAAUAAAACAAUUGGAUUAUUCUACCAACUUACAGGAUUACAAAGCAGGUGCUUUUUAUUAAUUGAUGAGAGCUGAAGCUCAUUUUUGAUAGAUGAUAUAUAUUUAUUAAAUGUAUUAACGUGUGUUUUAUAACGUACCCUUUUUUCCGCUGAUUGUUGCAUACUGGUCUCUUACUGAGUACAUCUUUAAAGGAUUUUCAAGACAAUCAAUGUGUACCAUGAUGACUGUACAUAAGUAUACAAAACUACAAAGGUUGUAAAGCAUGGGCAAAUGUUUUAUUUUCAAAAUGCUGUUCUUAACGAGAAUAAAGGCUUUACUAUUUACUUACAA